AUGGCUGAUAUUAAAAUUGUAGCAUUGGAUUUAGGAGGUGUAUUAUUUUCAGCAGGUAAAGAAUAUGCAAAAAGGGAAUGGAAAGAGAAUGGCUAUGAUGUUGACUUAAUUCACGAUUUAUUAAUAAGUGAUGAAGCACAACAACUAAGAAAAGGUAUCAUUAGUGAUAACGAAUUUUGGAACAAUUAUUUCAAAACUAAAGUUCCAUCAAAUUACAAUGCAGAGUUAAUCAAACAAUGCUAUUAUCGUGGUUAUAUUUUAGACGAAGAUAUUGUAUCUUGGAUGAAAAGGAUCAAGGAAAACAGCAAAUCAUCAUCCCAUCCAAUUGAGUUGGUGGCUUUUAGUGGCAAUAUCCCAUCGAGAAUAAAGUAUUUAAAUGAAAAAUAUCAAUUUAGAAAAUUAUUUGAUAAAGAAGCAUAUUCAUUCGAUUGUGGUGCUACCAAGCCAGAUAAUUAUUUCAUCGAAUAUUUAAUUAAAGUUAGCUUCCCAGAAGAAACCAAAGAUGUCACAAUUCAACAUGGAAAACCUCUAGAGGGUGAGCAAUUGGAAUUGUUCAAAAAGUUAGGUAAAUCAAUUCUUUAUUUAGAUGAUAGUCCAAAAGAUGCCGCUCCAGCUUUGCGUUAUGACAUUAAUCUUUUUAUUUACGAAAGAGGUCAUAUCAAUAAUUUGUUUGAUAAAUUCCCCAAAUUAAAGUUUUAA